UCGUAAUAGUGACUAGGGCCUGAUGCCACAUCUAGGGACUGAUGAUCAUACUGUGUGAUGCAUAGUUUUAAUCAUAAUACCAAUGUAUUUGUUGUAGAAUAUGGCGCCUAUAAAGAAAAAAACAUUGUCUAAAGAGGACAUUGCAAAAAAAAAGUCUGAACAGGCAAAGAGGCGAUUGGAAAAAAUUAAAAAUGAUCCUUUUUUGCUGGCGGAGUACAAAGAAAAGGAACGACUAAAAUAUCUAAAGAAAAAGGAAAAAGGACAACGGAAGUGUGUAAAAGACAUGACUCCCCGUGAGCACAGAAAGGCAAGAAAAUAUUGGGUAGCCUAUUCAUCUGAUUAUAGAAAAAAACAAAAGAUUCGUGACAAUACAGAUAAAUACGUGGACCAAAAUACGCCGCCAUCAUCGGAAGAUGAAAUUAUUCCUUUAUUAAAUAAUGAAAGAGAAGCUGAAGCUAGAAGGAGGAGUAUAGUUCAACGGAGAAAAAGAAAUAGUAUGUUGAAGAGGAAGGACUUACUCAUUGGAAAUUUAAAGAAGAAACUUGCCAGCGAACAACAAAGAAACAGAAGACUGAAAUAUAGAAUGAUACAAAAGAAGCAAGCACUGACACCAGAAAAGUCACUUACAGAAAAGGAUGCAGGAAUUCACAUGGACUUCUCAGAAAACUACACAACUAAAUGCAACCAAGAAAUUCAGUCGUAUCAUUUUGGCGGCUCCAGGACUCAAAAUUCUUUGCAUACAGUGGUGGUUUACACAAAGGAUAAAGUAACAUCCCAUUGCACUGUGUCUUUAAAUUUAUCAAACAAAGCUGGAGCCACUUGGGCACAUUUAUCCUCUUAG